AUGCUUCCCGCCGCGCUGCUUCUCUGCAGCGUCGCCUUUGUCGGCCACGGCAGCAACAACGCGACGGAGCCGCUGCCGUGCAACCUCUCCUCGGACGACGCUCACGGCCGGCUGCUGGCGCUCAACGACGGGUCCCGCCGCCGUGGCCGUCGCUCUGCCGAGCGCAACGGGUCGCGAUCGCUGCAGGCCACGCCGCGGCGGCCGCACGAGCGCGCAAACGCGACAGCGGCGCCGCACCACCACCACCGCGAGGCGCGCUGGCGGGUGCGCACCGGCCGCUUCGCGCGCACCCCGGCGGGCCUCGCGCUCGCCGUCGCUCCGGUGGCGUGGGAUCGGCCGGCGGGGCAGCAGCUUGGCUCGGAGGGCUCGAUCGCCCUGACCAACCGGCCGGGCCUGCUGCGCGACCUGCUGCUCACCGCCGCCUUCGCGGUGCUGGGCGGCUUCGCGCUGAUGCACUGCGCCUCCCGCCGCUCGCUCCGCAUCUCGUGGAUCUACUCGUCCGAAGGGAACACCCACGCGCUGCUCCGCUCUAACAAGAUGCUGCUGCUGCUCACCAUCAACCUGACCAACCUCGGCUGCCACUCGGUCUUCUCGAUCCUCGCCGCCUUCUUCCCGCAGGAGGCGAAGGCGAAGGGGGCGACGGACGAGAUGGUCGGCCUCAUCUUCGCCUCCUUCGCCUGC